AAUAAAAAUCUUCUUUUAUUGUUUUUUACAUAUUUUGUUAAGUUAAGAACUUUUAUUUUUCUUCUUAAUAUUAUGUGUUAUGAUUAAUAAUAUUUUUUUUAUUAUCUUCGAUAAAUUUCAAAGAGGAAGUUAUUUUAUAUCCCAAAUCUAUGAGAUUUUUUUAAAUUUCGUCAUUUUCUUUUCUUUAAGUAGAUAAAAAUUAAAAAAUAGAAAUACUUCUUUUGUCAAAACUUAAUUAAUAGUUUAAAUUUUUUAUGUUUUUUUAUUAAUUAUUAAUAGUUGAUUUUACAUUAUCUUAUUGUUAUUUGAAUAAAUAUUUUGUAUUUAAAUUAAAAGUGUUUUCUAAAUUAUUUUUAAAAAUAGAUUUUAUUUUUCGGCUUCUUUAAGAUGAAUAUUAUUUGUCAUUUAUUAAUUUCGUUUGUACAUUUACUUUGUCUUUUAACAAAAUGAGAUUCUUUAGUAAAUUUUACGAGUAAAAAUUAAUCUUUUUUCCCGUUUUUUUAUUAUUUUCAUCAUAUUAUUAUUGACUUUAAUAAUAAUUUUAUUCUUUUAUUUUUUCUAGCUUUUUGAAUUUAUUUUCAUCUUUUAUUAUCAUUGGAUUACAUAUUAAUUUAUCUAAAAGCUUAACAAAGUAUUUUUGUUUUUAUAAAUCUUCUUAUUAUUUUUAAUGAUUUAUAUAUUCUUUGUAGUUUAAAUUUAAUUUUAUAAUAUCAAUAUUAUUUAUGCUUUUUAAACUUCUUAAAUAACCUUUGGUUAUUAAAUUAAAUUAUUCUUCAGAUAAGUUUGAAUAUUUAUUUAUUAUAUAGUUGUAAAAAUAUUAUCCU